UACUUCUCAUGUGGUCAUCUUCUUCUUCUUAUUCAACCCUUUCCUCGCUCUAUACCUUCGUACACACAAUGUAUCUCGCCUAUCUCUGUCCAAUCCAAGUCAACUUAUCCACCCUGGUUCUCUCCAUGCUGGCCUAAGCUCCCCUGCCUCAGUUCGACUCAGACUCGGCCACGUUACACACCGUCCUCGCCGCCCCACACUUGACCCCACGCAAAUACUAUCGCUCAAUAGUUAUCUCCAUCAAUUAUUAAUAGUGCUGCUCUGCAUAUCCAUCAGAUUCCUCCCUCCGUCUCACACAACACACAGUUCCAGGAGAAAAGAGUACUAAAGUAAAAAUAGCAGAGUGACGACUGGUGGUUGAGACAAUCUCAAUGUGUGCGUGAUAAUCUGGGGGUGGCUGCUGAAUUCUGGAACAUUUUGUGUGAUUUGUGACAGUUUUAUACACACACACAUGUUUGCAUGUCUGUAGAGUUUCUUUGUUGAAAAAGGACAAGAGGAUAGGAGCAGGAAUCGAGACGGGGGAGCAGAGAAGAGACCGAGUUUGAUGCUACCUCCCCCUCCUCCGUAGAGUGCGAGAGAGUGGACAAGAUUUCCUCACCGCUGUAUUCGCGCAUGUCGUCGUCGACAGAGUUUGAGUCGACCUCCGACCCAGUGUCCUCCUCACCCGGCCUGCUCGUCGUGGAGGGAGGCGGAGGCAGUUUCGAGCACCCCCUCACAGCCGCAACCACGGCCAUGCUCAACAUCAACGGAGCCUCGGACGAGUCGCCGGGCGGCGGCUUCAACGUCUUUUAUGACAUUUACGGCAAGAAUCUGCAAGGCGGGGGCGGAGAGCUGCUCAAGAGCGACCACCGCGGAGGGGACAUUUGGUCCCCUGUGCAACAACAGCCCAAGUUGUCCAACUCGUCCCCCGACAUGACGGAAGUGUUUGUGACGGCGUCGUCCCCACUGAACCCCAAACUGACCUCGGUGCUGAGGUCGAACCCCAAGCUGAAGCUCAACAACGGUCACAACGCGUCCAACACGGACGGCGGAGUGAUCGUGGUGAAGCAGGAGGACCUCCACCAGCCCCACUCGCCAUCCUCCCCCUCGUCCAGACUCAACGGGAUUCUGGGGGUGGCCACGACGGACGCGGACGGCUACCCCGCCUUCGCCACCCUCAACCCCUCGCACUACGACUACUCCGGGGGUGGUGGGGUCAUCUCACAGCAGCAGUUCAGCCUCAGAACGGCCUCCUCCCUCGUCGGCGGCUACUCGACGGAACCCUACUACCGCGACUACUUCCCCCCAGACUACGUCCCCUCCAAUGCCACCCGGGUGAUUUCAGGCUAUGACGGACCCACGGGUGUGGAGAGCUACAGGGCCACCAUCGUCGGAGGACCCUACAAGAACCCCGUCACCAUCGACGUCAACUCCCCGGACUCGGGAAUCGGGGCGGAGAGCAUCACGCCGAGAGAUCACUCCACGGCGCAACCAGUGAGUGGUUUCGACUACAACGAGAUGGUGGGGCAAGGGCUGAUGGGUGAAAUGAGUGGGGCAAGUAGCAACGCCGGCUCGGCCACUGGUCGUUCCACGCCAGCAUCCACGCCCAACCAGAAAGCCACGCGACCCUGGCAUGAGUUUGGAAGAACCUCGGAAACGGAUAAGAUCCAGAUCCCAAAACUGUUCCUCAACUGCGGUUUCCGCUACUACUUGGAGUCUCCCAUCUCGACGAGUCAGCGGCGGGAGGAUGACCGUAUCACGUACAUCAACAAGGGUCAGUUCUACGGGAUCACGCUCGACUUUCUCCCGGACCAGGAGAAGCCCCUCAAGUCGCAAACCGUUAAGAGCGUCGUGAUGCUGGUCUUCCGCGAAGAGAAAAGUCCAGAGGAUGAAAUCAAAGCAUGGCAGUUCUGGCACUCGCGACAACAUUCCGUCAAACAACGCAUCCUGGACGCAGACACCAAGAACUCGGUGGGGCUGGUGGGCUGUAUCGACGAGGUUGCUCACAACGCCAUCGCCGUGUACUGGAACCCCCUGGAAAGCUCGGCAAAGAUCAACGUAGCCGUCCAAUGUCUCUCGACGGAUUUUAGCAGUCAAAAAGGCGUCAAGGGGCUGCCCCUUCACUUGCAGAUCGACACGUAUGACGACCCUCGCGACCCCAACUGCCCCAUCUACCAUCGUGGCUAUUCUCAGAUCAAGGUCUUCUGUGAUAAAAAGGGGGCGGAGCGGAAAACUCGGGACGAGGAGAGGCGCGCCGCCAAGCGCAAACUCACCGCGACCGGGCGCAAGAAGCUGGACGAGCUCUACCACACAGCCACCGAGAGGACGGAAUUCUACGCCAUGUCCGACCUCGCAAAACCACCCGUCCUGUUCUCACCCGCGGAGGACCUCGACAAAGUCAACUUGACGCCACUUGCCGAAUUCCACGGCUAUUACGGAGGAGGAGGAGGAGGAGGAGGAGGCAGCGCUGGGGGAAACUCUGACCCCGGCUCAGACUCGCCAAACAUCAAUUCAAAUCCUAAUGUUCCAAAUAAUGCUCAUCAUCAUCAUCAUCAUCAUCGUCCCCCCGGCGGCGGCAGCAGCAGCAACAGGAGCAGCCCUUCCCCCAGACCAGUUCCGCUCAAGUUUCACCACAACUUCCCUCUAGAGUCGCCCCCACCACCGACACCCCCGCCCCAGCCCACACAACAACCCUCCAUCAUCGUCAGGACGCCCAUCAAGCAGGAGAAGAAUCAGCUCCACCUGAGCAUGACACUCACGAAUGGUGGCAACAAGGACUCCUCCUCCAAUAAUUCGUCCACCUCCAUCCUCCUCGACCCUCACAACCCCCACGACCUCGACCACCACCACCACCAACACCUCCAACAACAACAGCACCAUCACCACCACCACCAACUCCAGCAGCAUGACCACCACGACCCCUUGGGCCAGCAGGACAACAGUGGCGACCCUGACCUCAUCAUCCCCAUGAAGCGCCUCCGCUCCUCCAUGCCCCCCUCCUCCGAACGCCUCAUGAUCUACGUGAGGCAGGAGGGGGAGGACGUCUUCACUCCCGUCCAUCUCGCACCCCCAACCACGCUCGGACUCCUCGCAGCGUUGGAGGACAAGUUCAAGAUAUCCAUGGGCUCGGUGAAGAAUCUCUUGCGGCGGAGUGGGAAAGGUGUCGUCGCUAAAGUGGACGACGAGAUGUUGAAGCAUUACUGUCACGAGGACACCUUUCUUCUCGAAGUGAAGGCCUCCGAGAACGAGGACGCUUUCGACGUCACGCUCGCCGAGCUCUGCAUGGAGAUGGUCGUGGAUGACCAGCAGCAGCAAGUCCACGACCAUAACGUCAUGGGCCACGGUGGGGGCGGGGGUGGUGGUGCAGGUGGGGACGACGACGGGAGCAGUGCUGGUCUCAUGAUCCUCCCAACUCAAGGAAUCCAUGAAUAAGUAACAACAACAGUCGUUCGAUCAACAUCGACAACUCUUCCUGUGAUUCUCUAAAAAACAAUUAAAUAAUACUUUUGAUACAUAUAAAUUACAACACAACUACCAAACAUGAGCUUGUUAAAUGUACAUAGUAGAAGAACAGACGGAAUAUUUUGAUUUAAGAGUUAUUAGCUAGCGUGCAACGUCUCUCAAAAGAGCUUCUUGUGGUGCAAUUAGAAAGAGUAUAAAAUAGUUUCUAUUUAAUAAGACUAGCCGUUAGCGGGUGUAGCCAUAUGCACGUAACUAAAUAGAUGUAGUACAUAUAAUAGAUGCAUAUAUUAAUUCUAUUCGUAGUGAGAGGCUACCAGUAGAUUUGAGGGGCCCCCACCACACCGCAAGAUGCUAAAUCCUAGUGUCGGAGGGGGCGGUGUGAUGGAGACCCCCUCUCAUUUAUUCCUAAUCUUAACUCCCCGUGUACAAAGUGAAACACCAAACGCGGGAAGAAUCCCCAUCAGUUAUUAUUCUGUGUUCUGUACAAAAUCCAGUAUGAAUUUUUUAUAAGGUUCCCCACCCCCUAAGCUGCUACCCCCUUUCGCUUAGUAGUGACGAUGAUGAUGAUGAUGAUUUUUGAUGAUAUUUUAUAACACGACGACAGCUUUAAACAACCGGAAGUGUAGUUUAAUACUCGGGAGCAGUGCCUACCUAAUGAUAUUACAGAUGUACAUAAAUAACAUAAAUACAAAGAAAAUACCCCAAAGCCCAAAUAGAUGAUCGAGUGCCAUAAGCAAAAUAAAGUGCCCAUCCAUAUAAAAAUCCAUCCACACAUGAUACGACUAUUUUUAUGCAAUACUAGACAGGUAAAAAUCGCAGAUAACAUAAUUUAUACAGAAUUGAACAGGCGAAGGUAUACAAAAGGUCAAGCAUACAUAAGUUGCGCCUCGUCCGCCGCCACGCCAAAUAUGUAGCAGCCAGCAGUGUCAGUUAGUGCUAAGUAAGUGCUACCUGUUAAACCUCUCUCUCUACUAAAAUAUCAGUGUCUCUCUAAAUUAAGUACUUAAGGUUUAUUGUCAGUGUGUAAUAAUAAUAAUAGGCAACGAAUUAUUAUCGUAGUAAUUAUUGCCCCGUGAGAAGGGCUCCCAUAAAUAUGUGUACAAAGACGCCCUUUAAAAAUGGAAUAUUAUAAACAUUCGUUAAUUCAUGAUGCUACCCAAACGUUCAGAUAAGAGUUAUAUCAAAAUAAGAGUACUAUUCAUUAAAUAAUUCAUUCCUCCGACUCAGAAUGCAUAUCACUGAUAUUAUUUUCAUUAUUGAAUCGCCAUUAAAUGUUAAUUAAGUUGUUGUUAGCGUUUGUGAAUAAAAAUAAAUACGACACAUUUUAAA